AUGAAUAAUUGCUUAUCGCUAAAGGCUCCGUUGUCAUCAAAUAGCCGUCCACCAAAUUCGUUGGUUGGGUCAAGAAUUGUUACAACGCCGCUUGUGUAUACUCCCUUAGCUAAAGAGAGGAAAAAGCCUGCUGUAAUACAUGAAUUGACAUUCAUAAUUGAUGGGUAUCGUUGUACCAUUAGGCCAGGAUAUCCCAUUUAUCUUACCCUAAUCAAGCCCAGAGAUUUGAGAGAAACAGCAGUUGCUAAAAGAAAAUUCAGAGUCAACAGGAGUACCAGUAACUUACCACAACUUGUUCGGCCCUUCGAAGACCCACCGGAAUGUAUCUUACCACCACCAUACAACCCGCAAAGCACAGCAUUGGAGGAUUUAUUCUUAGGGCUGCCUAUAAAUGUUCGUUGGAUGAUAUACGAUUACCUCUCAGUCGCCAGGACAAAACCGAUACUAAUCAGAUCGCCUCUUUCUUCUGCCUAUAAAGAAAGCCACAAGCCGUUGACAAAGACUCACGCUAUUCUUGCAGUGAGCAAGGCGAUUCAUCAUGAUGUUGCUGAGUACUUUUAUACUAAAUCUAAUUUUAUGAUUGGAAGCUGGAGAUGGGAUCAGGAACCGGAGCUUGAGCCUUCCCCUGAUGGUCUACAAACUUUUCUUUCUUGGACCCCUCGACAUUAUGUCAACUGCAUAACUAGACUUAGUAUUCUGGCCCGUCUUGUCGUUUACUUUCGAAAAACAGAAUUUACACAUGCGGACCUCAUGUAUUUUGAGGCUAUGACAAUGGUCACAAGAGAAAGCUUCGUCAAUCUGCGAGUCUUGUUUGUUUUGUUCACUGAGUUUGACGGUGUAUGUGUUCCAGAUUGUCCACUGGAUGUUGGAGUUAAGACAGAUGGAUGGCAUAACACUUUAUACAAUUCAUUCAAGACGUUGUUGAAUCAUCAGAGUCUUCAAGAGAUAUACUUAGGAGUGGACUUGAUAGGAAAGCCAGCUCGGUAUAAAGAAACCCCCGCUUGGGACCAAUUGCCAGAUCGUAACGCUUUCGUGUUGAUCAAGGAGAUGGCGAAGUACGCUACGAUGGAGCACGGUUCAUGGAUAUUGUAUGGCGAAGAGGAUUGGGACAGUCUAUUCGCAUGUGAAGAAGACUAUGAAAGUUACCGUUAUGAGCCUAAUCUUUGCCCGAUUGACAGAAAAAUUUGA